AAAUCGCAUUUUUUACGCCCAGCCAGUUGUGUUAAAAGUGUAAAACGCUGACGCUUGCCAUUUAACAGGCUGGAAAAAUAAUUACAAAUAGUUACGAGUGCAUUUUGGGCAUUUAUUAAUGUUUAAUUGCCUUAUCGAUUGACUGGCGUGUCGCGUGGCAACUCUGAACUGUACCUCUGAUACAGAUAAAAAACUAUUGACUAUUGAACCGUCUAUCUAUAAUCGAGAAAUUGCGCGCUAAUUUCCCGCAUUGGCCAGCAAUCGUCGUCGAACCCAAAUCAAAAUAAACAACCAGGAUCACCGUUCCCGAUCCGCGAGAGAAACGAGACGUAGCAAAGAUGAGCGAAGAGGUAUCCGCGUCGCCGGUGGCCAUUGGCGAGCUCAAGUAUGAGGAUGUGUCGCAGCUGAACUUCUCCAAACUGUACUCGCCCAAGAUGAAGAGCGUCUAUUGGCGCUACUUUGGAUUCCCCUCGAACGACAACAACGAGGUGAUCACCAAGCAGAACGUGGUCUGCAUCAAGUGUCACAAGGUGCUGACCAAUCAUGGCAACACCACCAAUUUGCGUGCCCAUCUCCAGCACCGGCACAAGGAUCUGUUCAAGGACCUGUGCCAGGAGCACGACAUCCAUGUCCCACCGCGCAAGACGCCGCGCAACGUCACCCAUCCGCCGCUCUCCAAGCGGAACGUCUCCUCGCGCCGGGUCAAGCUGGAGUUCAUCAAUAAUCGCAAUCACGACAACGGAUCCGACGAUGAGUUGGACGAAGCCGCCGUGGCCACUGCUGCCAUGCAGGCGGAGGAGGACGCCUCCUCACAGACCAUGCUGUACGAGACCAUGGUGCCGUUCACCUACGACGAGGCCGACAAUCUGGUCGAGGAGGAGGAGCGUCUGGUCAUGGAGCCGAAGUACGGUCGCAAGCGCAAGGUGGCCACUCCCUCCGGCGCACUGAUGCACGGGCGGGGCAUUAAGCACGAGGAUGGCGGCUACUCCUCUGUGCCCAACAUAGCCAAUCUGGCCGAGGCACUCACGGACAUCGUAAUCAAGGAUUUGCGCAACGUGGAAUGCCUGUACGAUGCCGGUUUCAGUGAAUUUGUGCGCCAGGCCAUGGGCAAUUCGUCUCCACUGCCCGAGCCGCACAAGAUCGAGUCUCUGCUCAACGAGAUGCACGCCUCCAAGUUCCUGGAGAUUGGCGAGAUGACGCGCGAGUUCACCUCGGAGAAGCCCUUCUCCCUGGCCUUUGAGCAGUGGAUAAAUGUCGAGCAGCGCCGCUUUCUCAGCAUCUACCAUCACUACUUGGACGAGGAGACACAGUCGGCCAGGAGCAUGUUGUACGCCACUGUGGAGUACAACGACUACAUUGUCUUUGACGUUCUGCUGACCGACUUCUACUUGGCCAACUGCACGCUGGCCAUCGUAAACUAUGAGGAGGACGAGGACUUGCUGCACACCUAUCUGCAAGAGAAGAAUAUCCCCAUUGCCCUGUGCUACGUCUCGGUUAUUGACCAAUGCCUGCGUCGGGUCUUUGAGCUCGAAGAGGUGGCCACGCUAAUUGAGCAGGUGAAAGAUCUCAUGCAGCGCCAUUCGUCUGAGAUUGCCUCCAAGGUGGCCGAGGGGCCCUUGCCCACGUACAACGAGCACUUCCCCUGGACACUGUACGAGAUGCUCAAGUUCUUUGCCGAGUCCAUCUCCUGGUCUGAGGACAUGGAUCAGCUGGUCAUAUCGGCCAAGACGGUGACGGAGGCACUUAGUGCUCUAGUGAUUGCUUUGGACACACUGCGUGGCGAGGAUAUCCCCUUGUGCAGUAUGCUUUCGCCAAUCACCUCAAAGAUUCUCAUCAAGAAGCUGGGCCUAGCCGAGCAGGACGAUCCCUUAAUGAUGAAUGUGAAGCGCACUAUUUCCGGAGUUCUACAGACCCACAUCAUAGCUAAUGACUAUCUGACCGCAGCCGCAUUGCUGGAUCCGCGCUUCCAUCGCCUGACCACUAUUGACAACCUGGAGAGAACCGUUCGCAUGCUGACCCUUCAGUACAACAAGAACUUUGGAACGGGCGGCGAAGGAGAGGCCAACGAAGUGGCGGCCACCUCCAGCGCCGUGACCAUCAAGUCAGAGCCCAGGGCAGGAGCAGGCGGUGCAGCCAGAAAGUCGAAACUGGAACUGCUGUUUGACAUUGCCGAAAUACCCAGUCCUCCGAAGAGGGAUGCCGACAGCAAUGUGGAAACUGAUCUGAAGCGGUAUCGCAACGAAGUGGUCGUCCAGCUGGAUGAGUCGCCCAUCGAGUGGUGGCUCAAGAUGGGCCACAUCUACGGAACGCUGCGCGAUUUGUCCAGCCUGUACCACAGUGUGCCCGGCGUGGUGAGCCUCAGCUUCAAGAAGGCGCUGCGAGACCAAAUAUACGAUUUUAACAAGCGGUUCAUGCUCACCGGAAGUCACAUCGAUGCGAUCCUCUUUCUGCACCAUCACAACAAUUAGCUUGCUCCUGCAGCUUCCUGUUUUUAUCUAAUACAAUUACAUUUAAAUUACUUUUAACUUAAUCCGAUCUUGUGUAUAUGAACAUGACGAACAAGGGCAAGGGCGCAAUUCCGCCGUACUGUAAUCCAAAAGACAGCCCUGGCCGGACACAGAACAUCUAUAGGUAUCACGUAUAAAUGUUAUGAGAAAUUCUGACAGCAUAGAUCCCAAUGAAACCUUAACUCUAAGAAUAGGUACUUGUUAAAUAAAACGAUAACCAAACUACAAA